AUGCUGCGCUGCUGCAAACGGCGGAAGACCGCGCGCGGGAGCACUGCGGAGGGGACGAAGAUAGAGUCCUUGGCUCAGGAGAAGAAACGCAUGAUCGAAAAGAACAUCGCAUUGCAAGAAGACGUGAUCUUCAUUUCUCAGGUGAAUCUCUUCAAGCGCGUUCCCAAGGAGAUGCAUCCACUGUUGGUGACGAGUUUGACGUCAACGCAGUUCAAAAGCGGCCAAUCCGUGGUGAAGCAGGGUGACCAGGGCACUGAGCUCUUCAUCAUCCGCUCUGGCGAGGUCACGGUGCUCGUCAGCAAGGAUGGCAAAGCUCCCAAGCGGGUGGCCAGCCUGAAGGCUGGCGACUACUUUGGCGAACGUGCUGUGAUGUUCGAUGAGCCACGGGGCGCAACAGUGGUGGCAGCCACAGCAGCCACGGCCUUCAGCAUGACAAAGGAGAAGUUUACAGAGCUGAACCUGGAGGACUAUGUGAAGUUCGCCCAGCGCCGUACCUCCGGCCCUGCCGCCAUCGAAGCCAAACUUCCAUCAGAGAAGACGGAGGCCGACCGGCAGAUGUUAAUGGAGGCACUCCGGAAGAAUCCGAACUUGCGGCAGAGAUCGGAAAUUGUGGAGAUGCACGGAGAGGCGCUCAUUGACUUGAUGUGGAAGCAGAGCGUGGAAGCACGCCAGGUGAUGAUUUCACAAGGAAAUAUGGCGGACUACUUCUACAUCAUUCAGGAUGGGAAGUUUGCCGUCCAGAGCGAUAGCAUCACCAAGGCGGCGCUGAAGCCUGGCGAUUGCUUCGGUGAGCUGCCGCUGCUGCAGUUGCGGCCCCACGAGCAUUCGGUGCUGGCGCUGGAGCGCAGCAACGUGUGGGUCAUCGACCGGUGGCAGUUCAAGAACAUCCUCUUCAAGGUGCCGGAGCACAAACUCAUGGAGUAUAUUGCCUACCUGGACCGCGUUUCCUUGUUGGAUGCCUUGUCGCUCGAGGAGAAGACGUCCACCGCACAGGCCCUCACGCAUAUGCACUUCAAGAUGGGCGAUGUGAUCAUUCAACAAGGUGAAACUGGAGAUUCCUUCUACAUUUUGUUUGACGGCGAGGUGCAGGUGGUGAUCAAUGGCAACACGGUGGCGACACUCCAAGCCUCGAUUCAGGAGUUGACGGCUCAUCACUUCGGGGAGAAGGCGCUGAUGAGCAGUCAACCACGUGCAGCCACCAUUCGGGUCUCCUCGACAGAGGCGCAGGUAUUGGCUUUGGAUCGCAUUGCCUUCAACACGCUGCUGGGAUCGCUGGAGGAGAUCAUCCGCGCUCAGGAGGAUGGUAAGUCCAGGCAGACCAAGGCAGUGAAGGGUAUUGCCAUCAAGCCUUUUCAGAAGAUCUUUCGGAAAGAUUUGGUGGGCGUGGGGCUGCUGGGCGUGGGAGCCUUUGGUGCAGUGGAGCUGGUGGCGCAUCGCCAUGGGGAGGAGACCUUUGCAAUGAAGAGCAUGUCAAAAGGGCUCCUGCUGAAAGCUGGACAGAGAACUAUAGCCUUCAACGAGAAGCUGAUUCUUCAAUACCUCCUCUCUCCCUUCAUCAUCCAGCUCUUCGAGGCCUACCGUGACGAGCAGACCUUGUAUCUCCUCUUCGAGGCCGUUCUUGGAGGAGAUUUGCACGGGCUUUACAGCCGGAAGAAGCUCUAUGGGAACGACAAGCACGCGGCCUUCUACACAGCAAGCGUCUCCUUGGCUUUGCAGUAUUUGCACAAGCGAAGUAUUGUUUACCGAGAUCUACAUCCUGAGAAUAUUUUAGUGACCAACGAUGGCAACAUCAAACUCUGCGACUUCGCCUUGGCGAAGUUUGUUGCGCAGAAGACCUACACCAUUUGUGGUAUCCAGGACUAUUUCGCACCUGAGAUGGUCCUGGCCACGGGCCAUGGAUUCCCCUUGGAUUGGUGGACGCUCGGUAUCUUCCUGUUUGAGUUGAUGUCCGGCAAGCCGCCCUUCGAAUCCUCCAACCCCAUGGAGAUCUACGUGCGAAUCUUGAAAGGCCUUCGCAAGGUGCCAGACUUGCCGGAGAUGGGGCGGACACCGGCCGAUCUCAUCAAGCAGAUCUUGAGGAAUGAUCCGCAGGAGCGUUUACCAGUGCGACUGGGUUUCCAAAAGCUUAAGGAGCACCGCUUCUUUGGGGGGAUCAACUGGCGUUUGCUGGUCGACCUUCGUUUUGAAGCUCCAUACCUUCCGCGGAUCAGAGGCAAGCGCGACCUGGCAAACUUUUGCCCACAGGCAGAAGACCUACCUCAGGCACCUGAUUACGAGGAUGAUGGUACUGCCUGGGACAAGGACUUUCCCACAUAG